GUAGUCUAAUGUGAACCGGAGUAUCGUCAGAGGCGCCUCGUAAAAUGACGGGUUCCUUAAAACAGUGUGUUUAUAUGUAACGUAUGCCUUGGGAUCUUUAUCGAGUGUAUAUUUUAGGAUGUGUAACUGUAAACGACAUUAAAAACAAACAAACGGCGCUGUAAAUAGACUGAAACAGUUUUAUAUUAAAAAUAUUCACCUUAUCGAUACAUAAACAUGCAUACAACCUCUCUGAUUUAAUGACGAACCAUUUAUACAGCUUUGGGCAUGUACGUACCGCGUAAAACAGGUGCGCGUUGAGAUUAGUUUUGUAUCAGCCGGUUUCGUUUGAGGUACAGUAGUUAUUUCUGUAAAGAGUUUUAUUCGCUAACGUGCGCUUACUGUACCUAUUUUUCAAUACCGAACUGUGUCGCUUUGUCGUGACUAAAUCAAGUGAUAUAUUAAUGCUUGGAUGAAAUAAAACUCCUGUAGUAAACUAUCGACCUGUAACGUUGUGGCGCCAAAACAUAGUCUAUGUUUUAUAGAUGUACGCAUACAAUUUAAGUAAAAUCUCACAGGUGUGUUAUUCUGUAAAUAAUGUUAAUUAAACAGUUGUAUUUUCAUAUUUAAAAGAUAUAGUUUAUUAACAAACACUAGCAGAGCUGACACUUAUUUUUGUAACUGUACAGAUUUGUUAUUGCUGAUGCUUGCAUUCUGGUAUCCGUUUGUUUUAUGACGUCAAACCUUCAAUUUUACAGCCUGAUAAAAGCAGCUCAGCUUUGUGCAUUCUUAAACACUGAGCAACAAGUUCUGACCUCCAGAUAACCCAUUUCAGCGGUAGAAAACCCUGGAAGAACAGGGCAGUCAAUAAACACAAACAUUCUCCCUGUAUUACUGCUUGCUGUUCUUGUUGUGUUUUAAAAGCAUGGCUUAAGUUUAGUUUGGGGUGAUUCUUGCGUGUAGAAUUUAAACAGUCUGCUGAUGUUACAUUUCACAAAUAUAGUGCACACUAACAGAGGCAAGGGUGAGGAAUUAAAACUAAGAUAACAGGCGCAGAAAUCCGCCCACCCUUUUCUAGCGACACUUUGCAGACUUUCUUUAGAACGGCCCGAUUAAGUUAACCAUCAAAUUGCCUUCCUUUAAAAAAAGAAAAUGCUAUUAAUAUCUGGCUACACUUUCGGCAGUGUAUUUGGAAUAUAAAUUUAUGGCAGACACAUUUCUAGGUUAAAAAAACCAGACUGUUGAGAGUUAAAGUGUUCAAUAUUUGAAAUCUUAAACCUACAGUCAGUAAGUAAACCCGGUUUCUUGCGUUCACCAUUGAGACAAAAAACACUUUUGAAUUUUGAGGCACGUGGGCAUGGGAAAGGUUGGUGUGCAUACAUUAUUAUUUCUUUAUUUAGCAGAUGCCUUUAUCCAAGGCGACUUACAUAGACGACCCCCUCAGGUAGGGGCACCCUCCUUCACCCCCUGAGUCCCACACCCCACCCCACAGUCCGCAGAGAUGAGGAGUCUCUGGAGCGCGGUGCUGCUGUUCCCGCUGCGUGUGGUCUUGCGCCUGGCUUCGCUCUCGUACUGGACACUGGUCUACGGUACCUCCGCUCUGACUGCUGGCCUGGUUCUCGCGGUGCUAGCCUGGAGAGCCGUCUGGAACCCCCGCAGGACCCUCUACUGGAGAGUGAGGCAGGAGCGGCCAGCCUGCCUGCAAGAGCCCUCUCUGGGAGAGCACUGCUACGUCAGGGCGAAGAGCUCUGGGCUGCGCUUGCACUACGUGACGACUGGAGACACAAGCAAACCCCUCAUGCUGCUUCUGCAUGGAUUCCCUGAGAUCUGGUACUCCUGGCGCUACCAGCUGUGCAAGUUCAAGAGUGACUUCCAGACUGUGGCCCUGGACCUGCGAGGCUACGGGGACUCUGAUGCCCCCUCUGGACGGGAGGACUACAAGCUGGACAAGCUGCUCGGAGACGUGAAGGACAUCAUAGAAGCUCUGGGGUACAGGAGCUGCGUUCUGGUGGGUCACGACUGGGGGGGCACCCUGGCCUGGCACUUUGCCAUCAACCAGCCCGAGAUGGUGCACAGACUCAUCGUGAUGAGCACACCCCACCCCUCCUUCUGGCAGGAUUAUGUUUUCCGGCACCCCACUCACCUGAUGAAGUGCAGCCACCUGUUCUUCUUCCAGACCCCCUUCCUGCCGGAGCUGACACUCAGGCUGGGGGACUACGAGGUUGUGCGGAGGUUGCUGGCGGGCCAGCGGGUCGGGAUUCAGAAUCGGGCUCAGCGCCUCACCGAGCAGGAGAUGGAGGCUUACCUAUACAGCCUGUCCCAGCCCGGGGGGCUUACCGGACCACUGCACCACUACCGGAACCUCUUCAGCAGCGCCCCCGUGAGGUGCCAGGAUGUGAACGUUCCCAGUCUGUUGAUCUGGGGAGACAGGGACGCACUGCUGGGGCAGGAUCUCGCCCACUGGUCAGGCUCCUAUGUGAGGAGCAGCUUCAGCCUGAGAAUGGUCCCGGGUUCGAGUCACUGGGUCCAGCAGGACCAGCCCGAUACUGUCAACAAACUGAUGAUGAUGUUCCUCCGGGAGAACAGAUGAUGGCAGCACCCACCACAAGGGGGCACUGUGUGGGAAAGAGAUGGCCGUUAGUGGGCUCAUUUUUUUCUGUUUGUUUUUUUUUUAAAUCUGGUUUUUAGAUUUGAGGAUCUGCAAGCGUGCCUUAAAUUCACAGAUUCUUUUGUUCAUCCAUAAUCUGGAACACAGAUCAAAAGAUCUAAUAAGUGGCUGUAAAUGUGAUUGAUAAAUACUGUCAGACAAGGUUUAAGUAUGACAAAAUCUUCCAGUGAUUUUGAAAUACAGGCUGAGAGAGAGAGAUUUUUUUUAAAAGAAUGCGUGGAGGACUGUCUAAUUUGAUCUGUUUUAUUGAAUUUUCAAAUGGGAGACUUGAAGAUCGUAGAGUUUUUAAAUGUUAUUAUAUGAAACAAAGAAAAAUGUAUUAUUAUUAUUUAAGAAGGAGAACAAGUUGUAACAUUUUAAACUAAGUUAAAUUACGCCUUGGAUUUUAUUUAGUUUAUUCUCUGUGUUUUUGAUUAUUAUUGUUUUGUUUGCUGCAUGUUGUAUCUUUUAGCAAAUCAGCAAAGGAUUACUGCUCCCCGGUGCUUUGCAGUUCUGUAUCCUGAAAUUGCUUUUCUUGCAGUUCUGUAUCCUGAAAUUGCUUUUCUUUUUUUUCGGCUGAUGGCAGAUAAAUCCUGUUCUUUUGCAAGAAGGACUCUGUCUCUUAUUUAUCAGGGAAUCAACUCGUCCAGGCACUGCCUGAUCUACAGCUGAGGCCAAAGGUUUAGCAUCACCCUGUAGAAUUAACUCAUUCUGCUUCAUAAAGUCCAAUGAAACCUGCUGAAUAAAGUUACGGUAACAUAUUGAA